CACACUUAUCAUAACAUGGCUCGUUCUGCACUGGAUGAGGUCUCACAAUCUGGAGCGUUUGUGAGGAGUGCUUCUGAAUUCCGUAACUUCAUUUCACGAGACCCGGAUUCUCAAUUUCCAGCAGAAGCUGGGAGAUAUCAUCUGUAUAUCUCCUAUGCUUGCCCGUGGGCGUCAAGGUGCCUUGCAUACUUAAAUAUGAAGGGACUUCAGAAAGCCAUCAGCUUCACGUCGGUCAAACCUAUAUGGGAAAGAACAAAAGAAGGUGAUGAGCAUAUGGGAUGGGUUUUUCCUGCUUCAGUUAAGGAGCUGGUGGGAGCAGAACCUGACCCUCUGAAUGGAGCAAAAAGUGUACGAGAACUUUAUGAGAUUGCCAGUACAAAAUACACUGGAAAGUACACAGUUCCGGUUCUAUGGGAUAAAAAACUUGGAACAAUUGUUAGUAACGAGAGUUCAGAGAUCAUUCGCAUGUUUAAUUCUGAAUUGAACAGUAUAGCAGAGAACCCGGCUUUGGACUUGUAUCCCACUCACUUGCAAUCCCAAAUCAAUCAGACUAAUGAAUGGAUAUAUGACAAGAUAAACAAUGGUGUCUAUAAAUGUGGGUUUGCCAAGAAGCAGGAGCCUUAUGAGGAGGCUGUGAGACAACUGUAUGAAGCUCUGGACAGAUGUGAGGAGAUACUUAGCAAGCAACGAUACAUGUGUGGUAAUACAUUAUCUGAAGCAGAUGUUCGCUUGUUCGUAACUCUCAUAAGAUUUGAUGAGGUUUAUGCAGUCCAUUUCAAGUGCAACAAGAAACUUCUGCGUGAGUACCCGAAUCUGUUCAACUACACCAAGGACAUCUUCCAAGUUCCUGGAAUGAGCAGCACAGUCCAAAUGGAUCACAUCAAACAGCACUACUACGGUAGCCAUCCUUCCAUCAAUCCAUUCGGCAUAGUUCCUUCGGGCCCAAACAUCAACUACUCUUCUCCUCAUGACCGAAACAAGUUUUCUGCUUAACUGUACAACCCUUGGUACUGCAGAGUGCAGUCACCAAAGCCACAUACUUGUAUCUUUCCCGUGUUUCUGUUUGUAAUGCUCUUAUUUCGCGGCUGGUUUGUUUGCAUGUUUAUGUUGUUUAUCUGUCAAAUGAUCUUUUUAAGUCGAGUACGCUAUACAUGAGUGACCUUUUGUACUGAAUUAGCAAUGAAAACAAACAGAUAGUUUUUACUUGCU